CAUGGAGCAGAUGAAACUAAGGAGCACAAGUUCAGCACAAUAAAAGUGGACCAAGCAGGCCUGAGCGCUCCACCUGUAAUUCUCCUCUCAUCAGGUGCCAUCAUGGAGGUGGAGGAUGAGCCCCUGCUUUUUCACACCGGCUGGGGUAGCGAGGAGGAGGAGGAGGACGAGGAAGAGGAGGCGGAUGGGGGGGCGCGAGCGGCCGGACGGGGUUGCUUCUCCGGGAGUGCGCGGCCUUGUGGAAUGUGGAGGGGGGUGGGUUGGGUUUACACAAAGCCCUGGGCCAGCGGGGUGGUUUUAGGGGUGGCCUUCCUGCUGCCGUGCGCCCUGUUUGCCUACAUGCUGCUCUACUGCCCCCCUCUGGACAUAGACCUUUCCUACAGUGCCUUCGAGGUCCACAGUCACUUCUCGGCCGAGCGUUUUGACGCCCUCACCAUCGCCGUAAAGACUCAGCUGGGCUCCUGGGACCGGCGCCGGCGGGACAUCGAUGACAUGGAGUCUGAGGCGCUGCAGGAAAUUCUGCUGGAGAAGCUGGGCAGAAAGGGGGGGGUCAACGGGACAGACGGCGAGGGCGUGAGGGGCUCCUCGGGUCAGAACAGCACAUCACCUGCAGGAGACCAGCAGAGGAGAGCAGCUGGACGUACGGGGACAGGCUCUGGUCUGAGUCAGGAGGAAGCACAGAGACACAGCAGCACAAACCGCACAGCAGAGGACCAAAAGGAGAGGCCACGAGACAGAAAUCCCCCUUUUUCUCUGACCAGGACGCGCAGGUAUGCUCCCAACUACUACAUGCAGAGCCAGGCCCUGUGGAGGAUUGAGCUGGUGUUUGUGGCCCGGGGCCCGGGCGACCGUAACAUCUUCACCCCGGAGCGCCUGCAGACGGUUCACCAGGUGGAGCGUCUGCUCAUGCAGCAGCCCCAGUUUCACCAGUUCUGCUGGAAGCCCAUGGAACUGCUGAGGGACCUCCCUCUGGGGCCGUCUUACUGCUCCCCGCCCAGCUCGCUCCUCUCUUAUCUGUACCCCAGCGAGAGAGGGGGGAAGAUAUACUACGAUGGCAUGGGCCCAGAUCUGGCUGAUAUCCAAGGUUCUCUGAGUCUGGCCAUCACCCACCCACAGUUCUACUGGUACGUGGACGAGAGCCUGUCCCCCGAGCGUCUCUCGUCCUCUCUCCUACGCAGCGAGAUCCACUUCGGCGCCCCUUUGCCGUCCUACUAUUCCCUGCAGGACCGCGCGGACGAGCAGAGAACCCGCUUCAAAAACUUUGUGGUCCAGUACACAGACAUACUAUCCAAACAGUCCACCAGUCAGGUGAAGGUGCUGUACGGGGGAACAGAGCUGUUUGACAAUGAAGUGAGACACACGUUCUACAACGACAUGAUGCUGGCGCUCAUCAGCGGAGCCUGCAUCACUGUGCUGGUCUUCAUCCUCACCUCUUUCUCUGUCUUUCUGACUUUCUUCGGACUGGCUGGCAUCGGACUGAGCUGUUUGAUGGCUCUUUUUUUGUACCACGUAGUCUUUGGAGUGAGAUACCUGGGCAUUCUCAAUGGAGUUGCGGCAUUUGUUAUUAUUGGAAUUGGGGUAGACGAUGUGUUUGUGUUCAUCAGCACCUUCAGACAGGCGUCUCAUCUGCAUCAGCCACAGGAGCGAAUGAUUUACACGAUGAAAACAGCUGGCAGGGCUACGUUUCUAACCUCCUUCACGACAGCUGCUGCCUAUGCCGCUAACACCUUCUCUCAGGUCUUUUACGCAGCGCUCUGUCUAACUGACUCUCAGAUCCCGGCCGUGCACGACUUCGGCCUGUUCAUGGCCCUCAUCGUCAGCUGCUGCUGGCUUUGGGUGUCGGUCCUGAUGCCGGCCGCCCUGUGCAUCUGGAGCCAGCACAUGGAGCCUCGCGAACAUGCCUGGCUGACCUGCGUGAAGUGGUUUUCGGGCCUGUCAGCCAGCCACAGCCCUUUGUCAGAUGAGGAUGAUGAUGUGGCGCUUCUUUCUGUGGAGAUGGAGCCUGGCUCCUGUGACACAGACGGUGAUGCAGCCAUUCUGUCGCUGUCAGUGGAGACACCUCUGUCCCCUCAAGGGCAGCGGCACGUGGGUGUGGUCAGCACUAAACUCCAAUGGGCCCUGAAGCACUUAGUGGCCGAGCCAGCCGUGAAGCUACGGAAAGCCGUCCUGGGUAUCUUUCUCCUGGUCCUUGUCUUAUCUGCUGGCUGCUGCUGUCUCCUGAGGCCGGCCUCUCACGCGCCUCUGCUGUUCCGCCAAGACACCAACCUGCAGACUCUGCUGGGCCUGCGGAGCAACCUCAGCGGGCAGGGCAUCUCCUGCCCCAUGUGCUCAGGCGUUUUCAUGGAAAAACCCCACCAGCUGUACGCACACACGUCCUCGUCGGGUUUCCGCUUCUCCACACAUCAGCACAACCCCAGCACGCCGACGACAACUGCUCCUCAGAGCUCGGCGCAAGCAAACCCAAGCACCAAUCAAACAGGCCCCCUGCUCACGGUGUACAUAUCCAAGCUGGACCACGGAGUGUCAACAGCAAUUUACCGCUUCUCACUCAACGCCAGCGUCCCGUCCCCCUGGAAAAUGUGCGGCGCCGAGCACGAGGAGGUGGCGCGUUUUCAGGUUUUCAGUCAGCCCCACGCCAAUUACACCACCAGAAUGGCGGUGUGCGUCUCCCGCGUGUACCGGCCGAACCCCAGCUGGAUGAUCACCACCGGCUCAUGUGAUCCUCGUCACGGUUGGACCCCAGAGUUCUCUUUUUAUGUGGCCGCGUCUCCUCAGCAGAACAGCAGGAGGCUGUACUUUGCUCAGUGCCGCCUAAGACCUCAUCCCAGCCGAGUGUGUGCCAACCCGCCCGGCUGUGGCUUCCUCUCUGGGCCUGAUGGGCCCACACAGGGAACCUUUUAUGCCCCUCUGCCCGGCGAGCCCCCGUCUGCUGCCAAAACGAAAGCCUCCAAAACGUCUGGCUUCAACCCUUGCAGCGGUGGUGUGUGUGGCCGCCCCGCGGUGCGCCCUCUGGUCGACACCGGGGCCAUGGUUUUUGUCGUGUUUGGGAUUCUGGGAGUCAACCGAAGCCAGCACAGGGAUAACCAUGUAAUUGGCGAUAUGGGGAGCAUCAUUCUGGAUCCGGACUUUGACAUUUUCCAGGAGAUGGGCCAUCUUUGCAAAAUCUGUAAAGCUGUCGGUGCAAAUAGACAGCUUGUAAAACCGGGAGGAGCUCAGUGUUUACCUUCAGGCAACAAGCUAUCGUCUAUUCUGCCUCUGCUCCAUCCUGAGUGCCACUCUCUGCCUGAGCCCAACCUCCUCCCCGGGCAGCUUUCCCAUGGUGCAGUGGGAAUGCACGGAGGCAAGGUCAGCUGGCUGUCCAUGGCCUUUGAGUCUACUACAUACAAGGGGAAAUCUUCCUUUCAGACAUACUCUGACUUCCUUCAGUGGGAGAACUUCAUCCAGGAGCAACUGGCCGGCCUCCCCCAGUCCUCCGCCCUGCAGCGAGGCUUCCAGACAUGCGAGCACUGGAAGCAGAUCUUCAUGGAAAUCAUAGGCAAGCGAGAGAGGGGGGGGGACGGACGUGUGGAGAGUGCCCUCUGGAGUCUCCUGCUGUCUCUGGCCAUCUGCGUGGCAGCUGUGUCUGUGUUUACGGCACAUCCUCUGCUCCUGCUCCCCGUGCUCAUAACCAUCAUCGGAGUGAUCUGUCUGGUGGUGGCUGUCAUGUAUUGGCUGGGAUGGGAAAUGGGAGCAGUGGAGGCGAUUUCUCUGUCAAUACUUGUCGGAUCUUCGGUGGAUUACUGUCUGCACCUGGUGGAGGGAUACCUGCUGGCAGGAGAGAACAUUCCCUCCAUGCCUGCUCAGAACAUGGAGCUCUCAGCAGAGAGGCAGAGACGGACUCUGGAGGCAGUGAACCAUGUGGGCGUUGCCAUAGUGUCCAGCGCCGUCACCACGGCAAUCUCCACCGUCCCUCUUUUUUUCUGUGUCAUCGUGCCUUUCGCCAAGUUCGGCCAGAUCGUGGCCAUUAACACCGCCGUCUCUAUUCUCUUCACCCUGACGGUGACGGUGGCCAUGCUGGCCUGCCUGGCCCCGGCCCGCUUCAGCAGACACCCCGCGGCCGUGCUGAAGGCCAGCCUGACGGUGGCGGCCGCGGCGGCCUUGGGAGCGGCUCUGUGCUGGGUGGGGGAACAACUGGGGGCAUCGGCGUGGCAAUUAGUCAGCAGCACGUAAAACCCUGCAGCCCGUCGGCUCACACUGAUGUCCCACAGAGGAGCUCCUCUGUAUGCAAACUAUUCUGUUCAGGAGGACUACCGGAUCAAUAAGUGAUCUUUUACUGCAUAGCACAAAGAUGUCAAAAGCGUGGACGUUCCUUUCAUUUGUGUGUGUCGGUUAUUAUUGGUGAGCAUUAGGGAGCACACGGAUGUCUCUUCUAAAACGUAGCCUAACGCGUGUGACUCAGCAGUGGGACGACCAUUCUGUAUUUACAUGCUGAUCUGGUUUUUGUUUCUUUGAGUUUGGUUUCACCUUCAGCUGCAUUGAAUGAUUAAGCACCAGAACACAACGGCUGAGUCACGGUUUUCAUCAGCAUACCCUACUGAGCAGACCCUGUUCUGAGAUCUGCUGUCCUGACCACUGACCGCACGCAGAGCUCCGAUGGGACAAUUUAGUGUUGCUAGUUUACACCAUUAUGUGGCCAUCUCUUAAAACAUUGGAAUGUUGAUUUUAAAAUGUUGGUCCUCUGUUAAAUGUGUGCAGAAUGCCACUGUUUCCCCCCAGUCAUCAGAGGUUUUGAUGUUCCACUGCAGAGGGAAUAAAAAAAAAAAAAGUAUGAUCCAGUUUUUUCAAUGCUUUGUUAAUUGUGAAGUGUUUUCUAAUUGUAUCCAUGUGCUAAUCUCACUCAUUCUGAACUCCUGGAUGCUGCCAGCACACGUGUGCGUCUAAAGCCUGUGAACGCCACUCCUUUGUACAAGUUCAAAAUCUCUCUUAAGGUUACCGCUCAGAUCUUUAAUUGCUCGAAGGUCUCUAUUUUUAUAGUAACCUCAGAUUGAAAGAGCACUCUCAGCACCUCCUCAGGUGUACCCUCAACUGCACUGAAAGUCUCUCACUGUAUCGCCGUGCUCUCACACAGUUCAGAGCACCACUUGAGCACCAGUCAAUGGCAGCUCUGCUCUACCCAGCAGUGAAGGCAAGAGCCAUUUAUCAAAUCAUAUAACCUGAUAAUGGUUAGCUUGAGAGACUGACUCAGUGCUGGUAAAAACGGUAUAUUUCUGUUUUGUAUAUGUGUGUUUAUUGUGAAUGUCAAAUAAAGCAGGUGCAGUAAG